AUGCUUCGAACGGCCGGAUUCGGUUCAAAAACAGUAGAAGAUCAGGACAAGGAUAAUGACUCUCAGACUGUCGCGGUCGAGGACGACGACGAUCACGACCACGACGACGAUGACGACCACCACCACCACCACCACCACCAGACUGCCAGGGCCGAGGAGAAAGAGCGCGUGCGGGAGAUCGCGGUAGCCAAGCUCUGCGCUAUGCUCGGCCGCCGCCAGCGUCAAUUAACCCAUACAUCGCUCGACGAUUGGGUCGAGACCAUGCAGCAGCCAGGCCUCCAACAAGGCAAAGCGAAGGCAGCAACCGUUCAGACCGCUCUCUCAUUCGAGCCCGAAAAGCGCAAAAACCCGCCCAGGUCGGACACGCGCGAACCUAAACGCCUAAAAGUGCGGGAAGAAGCGGUCGCGAAGUCGGAAGAAUCUCAGUUGCAGGAACUGAAAAUUAAAAAACUUAAGUUAAGCCAAUCGAAACCGCCGACGGCCGAAUCGGCAAUUAAGCCGGAAACCCCCGUGAAUCUUUCAGAUGAUGACAGGGAAGAACGCCAGUUGCGCUCCCGCGAAAGAAACCGUGAUUAG